AAAAGCAACCAAAUCGAUCAAUCACCAAACACUCGAUCCCAAAGUCAAAUAAUUGAAUAUUCGUAUAAUAAACUCCCACAGCAAUUAAUAGUGGUUCAAACAAAACACCACGUGAGCGUACCUGUGCGGUUGUACUUUUUUUUUGUCAAAGGUCCGGCGGCAUCGGGUGUUCGGGUCGUGUCGGCCAGUGCUCGCGCGCACCUCGGCCCGAUCGCGCGUACGUUCCAAUUCCAAAGCCGACCUUUCCCGACUACCCCAAAGUGUUUAAUAAAUUCUUUUAAAUGUGAUGAAAACUUUUUGAAUUCGAAACUUUCGUGUCAAUAAAUGUCAUUUGAUUUUGACGUUUAUAUUUUUUUUAAUAUUGAGUGUGUGUUGUUUUUAAUUGAUUUUGAAGUGAGCUGACGGUUUCUGUGAUUUUGUUUAUAUACUUUAUUUUGGAAGGUUUGACUUUUUAACUUAUGUGUGUUUGUGAUCAAUUGUAAUGUACCUCAAAAUGUACAUUAAAUCGGAGAGGUUUUAUCAACAGCCUGAUAACCAGGCGCUAAAGGAAGACAGGUGUUUCUCGGACUAUGAGGAGGAAUUAGAUGACCGUGAAGGCGGCGGCGGCGGCGGCGGGGGCGGCCGGCGGUGCGCGCGCGAUGCGGCGUCGCCCGCGCACGCACCGCCGCCGACGCCGACCCCUGCGCCCGCGCACGCACACGUCAAAAGCGAGCGCCUUAGCCCGCAUGACUCCAACGCAUCCAGGUCCCGUAGCGUGACCCCGUCGACAUCCUCUUACCCCGGCACGCCGCCCGAGCGCGGCAGCCCGCACGCGCCCGCACAGCCGGCGCCGGCGCACCCGCCGCGCAACUACUCGGACAUCAUGCGCUCCCUCGCCGCCAGAUACAACACACAUAACAACAACGACUACUACCACCGCAUGAAUGGCUUCACCGAGGUGCGCACAGCUGCGCCCGCGCAGGACGCUACGGACGCGCCCCUCGGCGGCCUGUUCACGAAGCUGGCUAGCAAGCAAGGAGGUCCGCCGCGGCUGCCAGCCUUCCCUGUCAUGCUGGAUAUGAGCUCCACUAAGACUCUGCUGGCGAUAUCGCGGGUGGGUCGUGGCGGGCGGUCGCGGCGCAAGCGCACGGGCGCGGGCGCGCCGGAGCACUCGCCGCUGGACCUGUCGGCGGCGGGCGAGAGCGCGGCCAAGCGCGCGCGCCUCUCCGCCAGCCCCAGCACUAGGAGCGACAGUGAUGACAGGGACAGAGUGUCUAAUGAUGAUCGUAUUGAUGCGCGUGGCGAGUGCCUCUGUGCCGAAGCCCGCGCGCGCCUCUCCGCCUGGUCAGUCGACGAAGUCUGCGACUUUAUCAACUCUAUCGACAUCUGCGCCGAAUACGCAACGAAUUUCCGUGAGCAAAGAAUCGACGGUUCAGGUCUACCCCUUCUUACAGAGGACCACUUAACAGGGAUGCUGCAGAUGAAACUGGGGCCAGCUCUAAAACUCCGAGCGGUGUUAGCCAGGCGGCUCGAGCCCUGCGUUCAGUGUCAGGCGAACUCGAGCAACAUGGCUACAACGCCGAGGAUAAACGGCGCCGCGCUCAAACCCGAACCCCGGAGCAACACGACCAGCCCGAGUUAGGACAAGCCUUCGUAUUAUAGUAAUGUAACACGCAUCGUUCCUGCUCACCCGCUUUUUGUUUACGUAGAAGAUUUAAGAGACAUUUGUUUUAAAAUUUCCAACUUGAAUUUGUAGCCGAAGAGUUUUACUUACUGUUUGUGACUUAUGAAGUAUUUUAUGGGAACAGAGCUGUAUACAAAAUAAAUGCUGACGUGAGUGAUCGAGUUGGUUGUGUCCACAGGGCGACGGCUCUCUCGACAGACUUCAUGAAAUUUUUAACAAUCAUAAUAACACUAGAUUAAUUAUAGUCAUCUGCCUGCAUUCGUACAGUCUUCCUGUUAAUAGAUAUUGCAUUUAGUUACUAUAAGACGCUUUAGAAUUACUUUUAGUUAGAUAAGUUGUUUGUUUUGUACAUAAACAAGUUGCCGUCCAAAUGUUUUAAAUGUAAUAUUAACGUAAAGGAUAUUGCUGUAUGUUAAUUAAAUAAUAAAAUUAAUUAAUGGGGACGUUAUCAACAUGUUUAAGGCCUCCAUUGAACAUACAAAAAUUAUUUACGACGAAAUUAUAUCGGUGCUAAGACCCUGUUUAACUUAUAUGUUGUAUAUUAUGGCCGUUUUGUAAAAAAAAUAUUGCUUAAAUAUCGAGGCUACGCGUCUACAGGGUCACAAAUAAACGGUUUGUAUAUAAAUACAAUAGUUUUAUAGAUGUAUAGUUAUAUAUACGUGGAUUUAUAAUAGCAUUUAUUUACACCACACCUGAAAAAAGCUCAGUAAUACUGUUCUGCAAUCAUAUUGUAGUGUAAAGUUCUAGUUAGUGUUAAACUUUUCACAGUGAGCAUAAUAUUUUCUUUGUAAUUAAUUUCUAUACGACGUUUCGUGUAAAUAUUUUUUUCUGCUAUCUGCAGGUUUUGCGGCACAUAACUGGGAUGACAUUAAUGCGUACUUUUAAAUUUCAGCUAAACCGAACUGAAUACCAGCUCAGUUUGAUACAGAACAUCUUUUCUCUUUAUUCACUUCCAAGUAUUUUAAAUAAAUAAUACAAUUCGAUUAUUUAUUGUGUAUUAAGUGUAUUAUUUUCGAUUUCUCUAAAGCAUUAUUGUACAUGUACAUGCCAGUUAUGUAUUACAAGUUUCGGUUACGAUAGACGUAAGUAGUUUCUACAAAAUAUUGUAAAGUGGUUUUUUCUGUGGUAAUCUCCUUAAUUGCCAAAAUAGUACGGUUAAUACAAUAUACAUAUUUAGUAGAUAAAGCGGGUUACUGGGAGUUUAUAAUCCACAUAUAUAGCUGAUUUACGGCAAAAUUAAUGUAAGAUGUUGCCUGUUUGGUAAAUGUAAAUUGGACACAGUUAAUUUUUAUUUUGAACUAGCUGCUACUAUUCAAAUUCUAGUAAAAAUGAUAGGAAAUAUUGUCUUUUAAGUACUGAGGAACUAAAUGAUUUUAUUAACAUCUUUUCGAUACUUUUUGCUGUUGAAUUUUUAUCAGUAUUGAAUAGGCAAUAUUUCCUUUGCUUGUAAAGUAUUCCUAGUUAUGAAAAAAACUGUGUCCAAUCUAUCACCAGUGACCUUUAUUCGUAUUACGAGCAACAUAUCAACAAGAGGUGCUAUUUCAGUACGUUAGAUAUAAACGUUAUACGUGUCUUGAACAGUCUUCCUUAAAAAUUAGAAUAAUUAUUUUAUACAAUAAUUAUAUUAUUCAUACUUAACAUUUUCAGAAAAGUAUUAUCUACGGUUGAACGCUUUAAAUUGGACGAUAAUAAUACAAUGAUAAUAAUAGUUUUCUAUAGAUUACGCGACGAAUUAUUGUUGUUAAGUGAUUAUAUUAAUAGAACUUUAUGGAUAUGAUCACAGCUUUUAUUACGUAACUAAUGUUUUAUUGGACCAGUGACUUAUUGAGUAUAGAGUGUGUAAAUUUGUACCUAUAGUUAUCCUGUGUUAAGUUCUUAUGGGAAAUAACAAAGAAAUCGCAAGUCUGCCACCAGAAGCAAGUGGGACAAGCGUUAAUCUUGGUUGGAGUUGUUUGAAUGUACGGAUAUUGACAAUUAUUUUUGAUAAGUCACGUGACAGACUUGUCGCUUCUGUACAUUUGAGCGAUUCAAUCAGUAUUGAUGUUUGUAGCAAUGUCACUUGCCUAAGAGACUGGUUGAAAGUGUCUGAGAAUAAUCAUUUUCGUUGUGAGUUCAAUCAUAAACAUGUUUGUUGACAUCAAGACUUGGUUUAUUGUUAUUUUAAAU